UGUGGGCGGGGUGAAGGCGGAGGUGCGCGCCAGCCCUGCCAAGGGGUGCUGGGUUUCCUAAUGUGGAGACGCAAGGUUGGAUGCAGGGCUGAAAAGUAAUAGCCAAGCCUCUGGACCCUGUUGCAGGUUCACUCCCACCUCCGUGCAGCCCCCACCAUGGAGCCUAGCAGCAUGGAAAAUCUGUCCAUCGUGUACCAGAGCAGCGACUUCCUGGUGGUGAACAAGCACUGGGACCUGCGAAUUGAUAGCAAGACUUGGAGGGAAACCCUGACUCUACAGAAGCAGCUACGACACCGCUUCCCAGAGCUAGCUGAUCCUGACACCUGCUACGGGUUCAGGUUCUGCCACCAAUUGGACUUCUCCACCAGCGGGGCACUGUGCGUGGCCUUGAACAAAGCAGCUGCAGGCAGUGCUUACAGAUGCUUCAAGGAGCGGCGUGUCACCAAAGCCUACCUGGCACUGGUCCGGGGUCAUGUCCAGGAAAGCCAAGUAACCAUCAACUAUGCCAUUGGCAGGAACAACACAGAGGGGCGGACCCAUACCAUGUGCAUCGAGGGCACACAGGGUUGUGAAAACCCUAAGCCAAGUCUCACGGAGCUGCUAGUCCUGGAACAUGGGCUGUAUGCUGGUGACCCUGUGUCCAAGGUGCUGCUGAAGCCACUUACAGGCCGGACACACCAGCUUCGUGUACACUGCAGCGCUGUUGGCCACCCUAUCGUGGGUGACCUGACUUAUGGGCAGCCUGAGGGCCAGGAGGACCAGCCCUUCCGCAUGAUGUUGCACGCCUUCUACCUGCGCAUCCCCACACAAACUGAGUGUGUAGAGGCUUGCACACCUGACCCCUUCCUGCCUGCCCUUGACGCCUGCUGGAGCCCCCACACCCUUGUUCAACCCCUUGAACAGCUCAUCCUGGCCCUACAGACUGAGCCUGAUCCUGACCCUGUGGAUGGAGGGCCCAGGCCCUGCAGCCCCUCCACACCCCUUCCCGGGCCGGGACGGCCCCCUCCUGAGACUGAGGCACCGCAAGCCUCAUGCCUGCAGUGGCUGUCAGAGUGGACACUGGAGCCAGACAACUGAGAGCCAUUGGACUUUGAGGAGUAGUGGCUGCUAAACUCAGCAGCUAGGCAGCCAAGAUUGCUAGAGAACAGGGCACUCAGACUGUAGGAGGACAGAUGUCUAGUAAGCAAGUCUAACUCAGCAUUCCUCCAGGGGGAACUGACGUUCUUCCUCCUGGAACAGCUUUCAGCCUCCAAAGGUUUACCCCAGGCUUGCCCAGAUACCCCCACCCCCAGUCAAGAGGGGCAGAGCCAAGAAUUAGGUUCUUCCUGGGCUCCACAGGGGCUGGGAAGGACCAUCCUGGCCUUCACCUGGCCUUAGCCCAGACCUACCUGGCUCCUGUCUUUUGAAGUGCUUUGUUCCACUCAGAUUCUGUAACUCUCAGCUUGGCUGGACUCUAUCCUCUGCAGACCCCAGCCUCUUGCUGCCUCCCUCGGCCAUGUGCCUUUGCCUUUCCUGAACUCUGCCUGCGUCCAGCACUUGGCCCCAUUACAUAGGGGUGUAUUAGGGCAUUUGCAGAAGCACCCUCCAUGCAUGCCCAUUCCUCCAAGCCUGGCAUGGAUGCUGCUUCUGUUUUGUGGGCUCCUGCCUGCAGCUCCUGCCAUGUCAGUGCCUGGUUCCCACAUAACCAUAAAAUGUUAGUGUCAGCCUUUGGGUCCUAGCCUAGGAGCCUGCUGGGCCUCACCUGUCUACCACAACAUGGCCAUACCACCCUAGCUGUAGCUGGGGUCUAGAAUUAAGAUUAAAUGUUCAGUGACCAA